AUGUUUAAGAGUUAACUCAGGGAAUUAAACUCGACAACGUUUUGACUGCUGACCAACAGGUUUGGAGAUAGCUGAAUAACGCUUGGCUUGAGCAGCAUAGCUGUCACCAAAAUUCCCACUUGUUCUUUCCCGUACUAAUUCUGAUUAUCUGGAUUAUAUCUGAUAAACAGAUAAUGCUUAUCACUUAAUCCUUCAAACCAUCGCAAAAUUGCUUGAAUGUUGAAGAGGGGAGAAGGAUUGAGAGGGUGUGAGACACCGUAUGUGAUAAUCUCAGAUGGAUUCGUGGAGACUGGCAGUGUAUAAACACUGAUAAAUUACCAGUACAUGAGCUAUUUGUUAGAUAUUUAAAAUACAGUGUCCGACGAAGUGCGGUAAUUCGCAAUCUAAUCUGUCCCGUCUGGGUGUCUAUGCCUUGCCAGGAUCCCUGACGGCUUCUCGCUAAUUCCUGCCAAAAGUAUCAGUGGAUUUCUUGCUUUUAAUCUCCCAUGAUGCCUUAUUCGAUUAUUGUCAAUGUUCGCCAUCCCGGACCGGCUGUUAAACUCUUUAGUUUUAAACUGAGGCGCUCAGUUGAGCCUCGACAGCAACAGAGAAAUAAAAGGAGAGUGAAAAAUGCCCCCUGCAAGUGCAAUGGGCUCAACACUGAGGUACUAAAGUGUUCUUCUUUCGUUGCUUUUAUUCUUCGUGAAAUGGCACAAUGACGGCAAAAGUGAGGAAGCUUAGAAUAUGGGACAUGCAAAUGGUUACUGCUGACAUGAGAUCUAUGGUUGCAAUGCCUACCAGCCGCGUGGGUUUACUGAUUUUUGUCUGUUACACAGCACUGUGGUGUAUAGGAGAGACGCUAAUAAAUAGCUCUUCUAAUCAAGACAAAGAAGUAAGAGUCCAUUCGGAAAACAUUACACGCAUUCUCGAUAGACUUCUCGAUGGAUAUGAUAAUAGGCUACGACCCGGUUUUGGAGGUCCUGUCACUGAAGUGAAAACUGACAUAUACGUGACAAGUUUCGGUCCUGUAUCUGACGUCGAUAUGGAAUACACCAUGGAUGUCUUUUUCCGUCAAACUUGGAUUGAUAAGAGGCUAAAAUUUGAUGGACCUAUUGAAAUACUUAGAUUGAAUAACUUAAUGGUUAACAAAAUUUGGACUCCAGACACCUUCUUCAGAAAUGGAAAAAUGUCCAUUGCUCACAACAUGACGACUCCCAACAAGCUUUUCAGAAUCAUGCAAAACGGCACUAUUCUUUACACCAUGAGACUGACCAUAAAUGCAGCAUGUCCUAUGAGACUAGUGAACUUCCCAAUGGACGGACAUGCAUGUCCGUUGAAGUUUGGCAGCUAUGCCUAUCCUAGAAGUGAAAUAAUUUACACUUGGAAGAAGGGCCCCUCAUACUCAGUAGAAGUACCAGAUGAAUCUUCAAGUCUGCUGCAGUAUGAUCUUGUAGGCCAAACUGUAUCUAGUGAAACCAUGAAAUCCAACACAGGUGAAUACAUAGUGAUGACAGUGUAUUUUCACUUAAAAAGGAAGAUGGGAUACUUUAUGAUUCAGACUUACAUUCCUUGCAUUAUGACUGUAAUUCUCUCCCAAGUAUCUUUCUGGAUUAAUAAGGAGUCUGUCCCAGCUAGAACAGUAUUUGGUGAAUACUCCAUACAAAUAGUCUAUUUUUUCCUACAAAGAAAACUAGGCUAUUAUCUCAUUCAGACUUACAUCCCAUGCAUCAUGACUGUAGUUUUGUCUCAGGUUGUGUUCUGGAUAAACAAAGAAUCUGUCCCUGCUCGUACUGUGGCGGGUAUUACUACAGUUUUAACCAUGACUACUCUAAGUAUCAGCGCACGCCACUCGCUACCAAAGGUGUCCUAUGCUACUGCUAUGGAUUGGUUCAUAGCAGUAUGUUUCGCUUUUGUCUUUUCUGCACUCAUCGAAUUUGCAGCCGUAAACUACUUCACAAAUCUUCAGGCUCAAAAAGCCCAAAAAAAAGCAACACAAGCAGCAGCAUUAUCAGCAGUAGCAGGAGUACCUGAAUCAGAGGAGAUAGUAUCGCAUUCUGAUUCCAAUUCCAACUUAAAGAAAAGAUUUAACUCCUUGGCACCUCAGAAAGAGUCAGCAUCCAGUGUAGAACCAGAUUCUAACAGCAAUGUGCAACCGGUUUUGUGUUCUGCUCCUGGUCUCUCUCCAUCUGCUCAACCGCAAUCUCAUACUGGUACCAGCAAGAUCGACCAGUAUGCCAGGAUCCUUUUCCCGCUAUCAUUCGGAGCUUUCAAUCUGGUGUAUUGGAUUGUGUACCUUUCAAAAGACACUAUGGAAAUGGGAAGUAAUAUAUAACUUUCAAUGUCAUAUGUUACAUUUGUGUACAGCCAAACAAGAUUGCAUUAUCAUGCAUACAAAAAUAAUGGAUAUAUAGAUUUUCUUACAAAAUAGCUGCACAGUGAAGGGUUCAAAUGAAAACAUAAUUUCUUGGAGGAAAGUAUGUUACAGUAUUAAAAUGCCCUUCUACAUUGCAUUUCUUUAUUAUACAUAACAAUUGAAAAUAUCCACUGGAGAAAGAUAGGAAUAAAUAGAAUUACAACAACUUAAUUUGACCAUGGAAACUAGGCAAUUUCUCAUUUGAAGGGCUGAACUCAAUGGACUGAUUCUGCUUUUCAUAUUUUGCACUUCUGUCCUUAUCGAAUAUUUUAUGACUUUACCAUAUAAUUCAAUAUAUUAUCAAGGCUAGUUUUGAUUUGACUCAUGCAUACCGGGAAAUACUGUGGGUUAUGUGUAUUGGAAUCCUGUAACAUAAUGUUAGCUUUCUUUAGCUUCAGUCCCAAGAAGAGUUUAGAGAAGAUUUAUUUUGUGUGCUCAUUGUGGUUUGAAGUAAAGUACUGCAAUAUAUAAUAACACUUUAUUUUUAUUGAAUGCUUUAUUUGUUCACAUCUUUAAUUUGAUAAAAAAAUUAUGUAAAGUAUAUUUUUUUAGAAAGCAGGAAUCAAAAUAUUACAUUGCAGAAAUGUCCUCUCAGAAAUCUAACCUUGAAGAAGGAAUGACAGUAAAAUGAGAGACGAUUCUUCGACAAUAGGAUUUAUUUAUGAAAAGCAGGCAUAGACGAAGUACACUCAAUGUUUAGAUAUAACUAUAAUGUUUUUAAAAAUAUCAUUGUUUAAAUAAUGAAUAUUGACAAUAUUAUUGAGAUGACUUGAACACUUCAAUGAACUUGACAGUUUAUCAGAUUUUCUUGUAACCUACUGGAUUUAUUACCAUUUUUUCAUAUUUGCUUUAUCCCAUUUGUAGAAUGUCCACUGAAUGUCAUAAUCUUUCCUUGACUCAUAGCUACAGUACUACCUUUUUUGUGAGAUCAUCAGAUCCAAACUAGUAAAAAUUCAAUAAUGAUGACUGUUAUUUUAGAAUAAUUCUUAGAAUUUUGUUCAAAAUCUUCCGGAAUUUAUUUUCUUGCACUUUUGCCAUUGAUUACUCAUAUCCCGCCAGAAUGUUGUGAGACUUGAAAAGGUUCAGAAAAGAUUUACAAGGAUGUUGCCGGGGUUGGAGGAUUUGAGCUUUAG